CUCAGGAAAAUCAAAACCAAGGCUUGGCAACCACCAUCCACUUCAGCACUCUCACUCCAACACGACCAUGGUGUCCAUCAUCGCUAUUAAGGAUGCUCAGCUUGACUGUACGCGGCAGGUACAUAGUUAUUCGGAAUAUCUUGUUGCAUACGACAAUGGCACCGAAGCAUGGGUCCCUGCCCACACGGUGCCUGUUGCUUUGGAACUUAAGUACUUAAAGGAACACCCGCUUAGUGAUGCGACCAUGGAUAUAGCUCCUGGUAAAACCAUGCAGCGCAAGAACAGUGUUGUUGCCAAUAAUAUUAAAGCCUUUGAUAAUAACAGCAAUGCUGCGGAUAACAGCGCACGCGGAUGGGAUAAACCCACCGUUCCGGCCUCAGACAGACGCAGCACUGCAGUGCCCGUUGCUAAGGUACAGAAGACGAGUGCGUAUAGUACUGCCAACACGCGGCAAAGCACUCGUCCGCCUGCUCCCGAACAGCAGGCGUCAAGGCGAGACUCUGCCAUUGGUCAAUCCUCGGAUGCCAUACGAGUGGCAGCCCGGCGUAUAUCUAGCACUACACAGGUCUCGAGGCGCAAUGCUCUUACUCCUCAGCGCACUCCUGAGUGCGAUAAAAUUACGGCUCCAGGGCACGAUGAGUACGAGCUACCGCCGCCGCCUCCACCAGGCGCCCCAAUUGUUCACAUCCCUGGCCUGCGGAAGAACGACAAGAUCAUUAUUGUAAAGGAGAGGCCUUCGGAAAAGAACAAUAUCCGCCGUGAUCACCGAGGUCGUAAUACUAUACAGUAUCUUAUUUACCUCGGCCGUGAUAAUCAGACAGGGAAGAAGAGCCCACUGGUAUGGGUGUCUGAUAAAGCCGUACACCAGACGCCCAAGGCCGAGUGGGCGGCUAGUGGGAGACAGCAACUGUUUUCUGUGAAACAGGUGCUUGAGAGGAGGAAGGCCGUGGAGGACGCUCAGCAUCUUGCUACAUAUGGUUAUUAGUGGUGGAAUGAUGGGUGCGAUAUUACUUAAGGCAUUAAAUUGUUGUGGAUGAACUGAUGAACGAUUGAUGAAUGGGUGGACCUGAUUUGCUACGACUUACUUUUGGAUUACGAAGUUCUGUUUUGUACCUUGAUGUUCUGGUAGUGGACGGCAUGAUAGACGGCACAUAGUAAACUUAUUGUCGAGGGAAUGAAACGUACGGAUGGACGACGUGUGUUAUGAGCACAGGAUUUUGUUUUGCUGUUGACUAUCGUUGAUGCUUUUACCUCACUGCUGUGUUUUUAGUAACGUGCGUCCCUGGGUAGCGAGAAACCCUGGGUGGCGAGAAAAUCAAUAGUACAUUGACUUUAAGCAACUCAAACUCUAUG